CCCCAGUUUCAUUCCGUAUAUGGGGGAGGUUGGAUGAGCUCGGGUUUUGGCAACGCAGAAGGCACAGUGCGCAUGCUCCUUCCAGCUAUAACUGCAUCCGAGCCAUAACACUCGCCAGAAUUGAACAUUUUUGGCUAAAGAGUCACAAAUCAAAAAAGCACAAUCCGAGGAAUCAGAUUGUCAAAACAACAGAGCAGGUGACACCCCUUAAACAAUGAAAACCCUAAUAUUCAGUUUGUGGAGAAUAAGAAGGUGAGCCUGCCUUCCUUUGCAGUGAAGAUUCGGUGAAAAUGGGCGAUUAUGUAUAGAAGAGGGUUUUUUUCCAAAAACGGGGAGUUGUGAAAAAAAAAAAAAAAAAGAAUUAUUUUGAAAAAAUCGUCGUAUUGCAUCGGUUUGGUGGUGAAAUCAUACCAACACAACCCGGAUGUUUUAACCAGCUGAUGAGGAAACAAGCAGUUUGGAAGAGAUAAUUGUGUUAUUUUUUUUCCCAAAUCCAAGCAAUGUCCUGAAAUUAAAAGCCAGGCUGUACACUGACCGAACAUACAGUACAGCAGGAGUAACCGGCGAUCACCGUCUUCUAACUUUUUCUUAUCUUUUUAUGUAUCGUGGAAUAACUAUUUGAGCCGCCGGGGUUAUUGACUACAGUACCUCAACACUGUAUAUUUGUAUGAAUUAUUUUUGGGGGAAGGACUUACAUGUCAAUGGUCCGCCUUUCGCAACAGAAGUGCAUCGCUUCCACCCUGUUUUGAUGUGAGAAGCGGCGGAGAUACAGCUGAAUAACUCUGGCUGUCUCUCUCUCUCUGUGUAUGUAUGUAUGUGUGUGGUGUGUGUGUGCGUGUGUAUAAAUAACUGGAGCCAUGCAGACUCCACAGCUACAGUACGACUUCUUCAGCGAAGAGAACGCACACAAGUGGCGGGGACUGCUGGUACCGUCCCUCAACAAGGUUUUAAACCAAGUCCACCCAAAGCUCUCUUCAAAGGAGGAUGCCCUACAGUACAUUGAGGAGCUGAUCCUGCUGUUACUGAGCAUGCUCUGUCAGGCCCAGCCACGCACCGUGCAGGAUGUGGAGGAGCGUGUACAGAAAAGCUUUCCACAUCCGAUCGAUAAGUGGGCCAUAGCAGAUGCACAGGCUGCUAUAGAGAAGAGGAAAAGAAGGAAUCCACUAGCCCUGCCUGUUGACAAAAUUCACCCUCUCCUAAAGGAGGUCCUGGGAUACAAAAUUGACCAUCAAGUUUCAGUUUACAUAGUAGCAGUAUUAGAAUACAUCUCUGCCGAUAUUUUGAAACUGGCUGGGAAUUAUGUACGGAACAUCAGACACUAUGAAAUCUCACAGCAGGACAUUAAGGUGGCAAUGUGUGCUGAUAAGGUGCUCAUGGACAUGUUCCACCAGGAUGAGGAGGACAUCAGUGGGUGGGCCCUCAUUGACGAGGAGCCCUCUUCCUCUGGGGAGCAGAUGUACUACGACCUGGUCAAGACCUUUAUGGCCGAGGUGCGGCAGUACUUGAGGGACCUCAACCUCAUCAUCAAGGUCUUCAGGGAACCGUUCGCCUCCAACACCAAGCUCUUCUCCCUACAUGACGUUGAGAACAUAUUCAGCCGCAUUGUAGAUAUUCACGAGCUCACUGUUAAACUGCUGGGCCUUAUUGAGGACACAGUAGAGAUGACAGAUGAAGGGAGUCCUCAUCCAUUGGUAGGAAGCUGCUUUGAAGAUUUGGCUGAGGAGCUGGCGUUCGAUCCUUAUGAAACGUAUGCACAGGACAUCCUCAGGCAGGGCUUCCAUGACCAUUUCCUCAGCCAGCUGUCAAAGCCAGGGGCAGCUCUUUAUUUGCAGUCUACAAGUGAAGGGUUUAAAGAAGCUGUCCAGUAUGUCCUCCCCAGACUGCUUUUAACUCCAGUUUACCACUGUCUCCACUACUUCGAAAUUUUAAAGCAAUUAGAAGAAAAGAGUGAAGAUGAAGAGGACAAGGAAUGUUUGAAACAGGCAAUAACGGCCCUGCUUAACCUCCAGAGCAGCAUGGAGAGGAUAUGCUCCAAAAGCUUGGCAAAGCGACGACUGAGCGAGUCUGCCUGCCGGUUUUACAGUCAGCAGAUGAAGGGCAAGCAGCUGGCCAUCAAGAAGAUGAACGAGAUCCAGAAGAACAUCGACGGCUGGGAGGGCAAAGACAUCGGGCAGUGCUGCAACGAGUUCAUCAUGGAGGGGACGCUGACGCGGGUGGGCGCCAAGCACGAGCGCCACAUCUUCCUCUUCGAUGGGCUGAUGAUCUGCUGCAAGUCCAACCACGGGCAGCCCCGGCUCCCGGGCGUCGGCACCGCGGAGUACCGACUCAAGGAGAAGUUUUUCAUGCGCAAGGUGCAGAUCAAUGACAAGGACGACACGGGCGAGUACCGACAUGCCUUUGAAAUCAUCCUGAAGGACGACAAUAGCGUGGUGUUUGCUGCCAAGUCCGCCGAGGAGAAGAACAACUGGAUGGCGGCGCUCAUCUCCCUGCAGUACCGCAGCACCCUGGAGCGCAUGCUGGACCUCACCAUGCUGCAGGAGGAGAAGGAGGAGCAGAUGAGGCUGCCCACCCCAGACAUGUACCGUUUUGCAGAGCCCGACUCCGAGGAGAACGUGGUCUUUGAGGAGAAUGUGCAGUCCAAGUCUGGCAUCCCCAUCAUCAAGGCUGGCACGGUGGUGAAACUCAUUGAGAGGCUCACCUACCAUAUGUAUGCAGAUCCUAAUUUUGUACGAACGUUUUUAACAACAUACCGAUCGUUUUGCAAGCCACAAGAACUUCUCAAGCUACUAAAAGCAAGGUUUGCAAUUCCAGAGCCCAACCCAACUGAGGCUGACAAGGCUGCUGUGGAAAAUGGAGACCAGCCCCUGAGCGCAGAGCUGAAGCGCUUCAGAAAAGAGUACAUCCAGCCAGUGCAGCUCAGAGUUUUGAAUGUUUGCAGACACUGGGUGGAACACCACUUUUAUGAUUUUGAGAGGGACGCCGGCCUGCUAAGUGAAUUAGAAGAAUUUAUAGGAAAGGUCAAAGGUAAAGCAAUGAGAAAAUGGGUUGAAUCGAUCACAAAAAUUAUCCAGAGGAAAAAACAGGCGCAAGCAAAUGGACCAAGUCACAACAUUACCUUUGAAAGCUCCCCUCCUCCUAUAGAAUGGCACAUAAGCAAACCUGGCCAGAUGGAGCAUUUCGACCUGCUGACGCUGCACCCCAUUGAGAUCGCACGGCAGCUCACCUUACUCGAAUCAGACCUGUACAGGGCCGUGCAGCCAUCAGAGCUGGUGGGCAGUGUGUGGACAAAAGAAGACAAGGAAAUCAACUCUCCCAACCUCCUCAAGAUGAUUAGACACACAACCAACCUCACACUGUGGUUUGAGAAGAGCAUCGUGGAGACUGAAAACCUGGAGGAACGGUCAGCGGUGGUGGCUCGAAUAAUCGAGAUCCUGCAGAUUUUCCAGGAGCUGAACAACUUUAACGGUGUCCUUGAGGUUGUGAGUGCCAUGAACUCCUCCCCCGUGUACAGGCUGGACCACACGUUUGAGCAAAUCCCAAGCCGGCAGAGGAGGAUUCUAGAGGAAGCUCACGAGCUGAGUGAAGACCACUAUAAGAAGUAUUUGGCUAAGCUCAGGUCUAUCAACCCACCCUGCGUGCCUUUCUUUGGAAUUUAUUUAACUAAUAUCUUGAAGACUGAGGAAGGCAACCCAGAUUUUCUGAAGAGACAUGGCAAGGACUUGAUAAACUUUAGUAAAAGGAGGAAAGUUGCUGAAAUUACAGGAGAGAUUCAGCAGUACCAGAAUCAGCCCUAUUGCUUACGAGUGGAAAACGACAUCCGAAGGUUCUUUGAAAAUUUAAAUCCCAUGGAAGAUAAAAUGGAAAAGGAAUUUGCUGAUUAUUUGUUCAAUAAGUCGUUGGAAAUAGAGCCUCGCAAUGCCAAGUCAUUGCCUAGAUUUCCGAAGAGAUACAGCUGUCCCAUGAAGUCUCCCGGUGUACGCCCUUCAAUCGUCAGGACCAGUACCUUGAGACACCCGACUCCGCUGCAGAAUGAGCCGCGCAAAAUCAGUUACAGCCGAAUCCCCGACAGCGAAAUGGAAAGCACACCGUCCGCCCCUAACUCCCCUCGGACGCCCCUGACUCCUCCCCCGGCGUCCGCCGCAUCCAGCACAACGGACGUCUGCAGCGUCUUCGACUCCGGCCCGCCCAGCCCCUUCCACUCAAGAUCUUCUUCUGUCUCGUCAAUGGUUAGCUUUAACAGAAGCCAGGAGGAUGGUCCUGCCCCUCCACCAGUCCCCCCAAGGAGGCGGCCAGAUUCGGCUCCAGCAGAGUCCUCUCCUUCAAAGAUUAUGUCUAAGCACUUGGACAGCCCUCCUGCCAUUCCUCCCCGGCAGCCCACAUCGAAGGUGUACUCCCCGCGGUACCCCUUGCCAGACCGGACCUCUGCGUCGGAACCCCCAGACAGUCCACCCACACUGCCACCGCGGGAGCCCGUGAGGACACCAGAUGUCUUCGCCAGCUCUCCAAUAAAUCUGCAGCCCCCACCCUUGGGGAGGAGGAGCGAACUGAGCCAGACCUUCUUCCCAAGCAGCCCCUUGCCCUUCACCUCCCACCCCCCGCAGAUGCCCUCCCCGCUGUGCACCCGCAAACACCUGCCCUCCCCGCCCUUGAUAUCCCAGAACUCUGAGCCCCACGGCACGGCCGGCCCUCCCGUCCCGCCCCGGCAGAGCACCUCCCAGACCAUCCCCAAGCUUCCCCCCAAAACCUACAAAAGGGAGCACACCCUUCCAUCGAUCCAUCAGGACAGGCCAGCUUUGCUGGAGAAUGCCCACUCAUCCUAAUUGGAGGGACGGGGACACGGCCUUGCUAACACUAAAGACUUGAGAGCCAGUGCAGGUUCUACCUGUGACCUAACCUUCAACCUUCAGCCUUCAAGUUUUUUUUUAUUUUACUACAGUAAACCAAGGAGUUUGCCUGCUUGUUUGUUUUUUUGUGUUUUUUUUUUAUUAUAUAUAUAUUUUUUUUUGUUUACUCAUUUUGGUGAAUCAUCGGCAACGGGGACGCGAACAAACACGGUGAAUAGGACCAGAUUUACAUUGCACACAGUGAAAGAGGACAACAUGCCAGUUUUAAACAGGUUUAUAC